CAGGCUGUCCUGGCAGCUGUCAUUAUUGUGAAUCUUAAGGGCAUGAUGAAGCAGUUCUCUGACAUCUGUUCCCUCUGGAAGUCAAAUCGAAUGGACCUGCUAAUCUGGCUGGUAACCUUUGUGGCCACCAUCCUACUGAACCUGGACAUUGGUCUGGCAGUUUCCAUAGUCUUUGCCCUGCUGCUUGUGGUUUUCCGAACACAGCUGCCGCAUUACUCUGUCCUGGGGCAGGUGCCAGACACGGAUAUUUAUAGAGAUGUGGCAGAAUACUCAGGGGCCAAGGAAGUCCCAGGUGUGAAGGUCUUCCGCUCCUCAGUCACCAUGUACUUUGCCAAUGCUGAGCUCUACUGUGACUCGCUGAAGCAGAGGUGUGGUGUGGAUGUUGACCACCUCAUCUCCCAGAAGAAGAAGCGGAUCAAGAAACAGGAGCUGAAGCUGAAGCGACUCCAGAAAGCCAAGAAGUCCAAGAGAAAGGCAGGGUCCCUCUCAGCA